AUGUCCAAGCGUCCUCCUACCGACAACAAUCCUGCCACUGCUCCCGUCGCCAAAAAGUCUCGCAUCGACAUCGACGACACUGUGACCGAGGCCAUGACCAUGAGCAACCAGCUACUCGACUCAUUGAAGGCCCACAAAGCUGCCGUACAGUGGGGCCACGCUGGCUGCCGCGACGACAUCAUGGCAAACAUCAUGAAGGCCGAAUCUAUGGUCUCUACUGUCGUAAAGCUUGAGAAGAAGUCCAAAGAUCGACAAACUGAUCGAUACACUGGUCGACAGCGAGAUCCGUGUUCUGACCGCGACGCUGAAAGCCCACUCUNNUUGGCUGACGAAGAACGCGGCAUGCCACAGACCAUGUUCGUGGAUGGUGUUCUGGAGUACGAAUGGCGUUUCAUCGAGAUUGUAAAAGUGCAGAUCAAGGAGAAACUACAAGGCCUGACAGUGGAUGAGGCCAUCAGAAAGGUCAAGAACGAGACGAAGAGUGCAUAUAUGUUGGCUGCAAAGAAGAAGUUUGUCGAGGUUUUCGAGAGAGAGUUGAAUUGA